AUGGGAAUCGGAGAAGAAAGCAGCAAGCCAAUGCUGGGGAGCAUCAGCCACGCGUCUCCAAGCCACGCUCUCAGUGGCAAAAUCAUGAUAUCCUCUGUGAUCAUCCUCUCCUUCGCCCUUAUUAUGAUCAUCUGCUUCCACAGCUACGCAAGAUGGCUCUUCCAUCGUCAAAACCGUCGCAUUCGCCGCCGUAUUCGUGCUCACCUCCUUUCUCUCUCGGCAUCCUCCUCCCUCUCCCCUCUUGAUCCAGCGGUCCUCGAGAAGAUUCCCAUCUUCGUUUACUCCUCGGAGACUCAUCAUCAAACGCCACUGGAGGAGUGUUCCGUUUGCUUGUCGGAGUUCGAGGAAGACGACCAAGGCCGUCUCCUCCCGAAAUGUGGUCACUCUUUUCACGUCCAUUGCAUCGAUACUUGGUUCCGUUCCAGUUCCACUUGCCCGCUUUGCAGAGCUCCGGUUCAACCCGAAAAUAUGUCUACACUACCUGAAUCCACUGAACAAACCACUCCGGUUAAACCGGUCGAGGACAUAGAAACCGGAAGUUCUUCUUCUUCUUCCUUUUCUUCAUUUUCGUCGUUGAGGUUUCCUAUGGAGGCGUGUGAGAGAGAACCUAUCGAUUUAGUUGGUCUCAUGGUGGAGAUUCCCACAGAAUUAGAAGGCUCUAAACCGGGUGUGGCUUGUGGGCCAAGAAAGGAAAUUUAA